GCUGCAAUUUUCUACGCACAGGUUGAAGGUCACAUCGAUCGAAAUAAGUGAAUAAAUCGAACGAAAUUCAAUCAAUAUGAAAUAAUAACGCUUAAAGAUAUUUUCUUAGGUUAUAUAAAUCUGAUUCUAAAAUUAAAAUAGCGAUCAGUUGCAGUUGCAUCGGCUCAUAAUGAUGUAGUUUCUGUGGUGAUUCCUACUUCAUGUUUUGACUUGAAUAAAACAAUGCUAAUUGCGAGUCACGCGGUGCGAAUCGCCGACAGUUAUUAAGUAUAGAUUAUUAGUUGAUUCCAUUCCCAUGUUCUUAUUAUUGUUCGCCGACUUGUGUGUUCGUAAAUUUCGAAAAAAAUGUUCCAUAGUGUAAUUGUUAUCUUUCAAUUUAGAAAGUCAUCUUUAAACGUAUGAUUGUGAAAUUUUUUUACUGUUUUCUCAUUCAAUAAGCUAGUAUACUUCUUUAGAAAAUGUCAGGUCAAUUUAAACUGCAUUAAUACUUUUGAAAACUUUAGAAAAAAAAUUUUAUUCUCAUAUUGCGUAUAAAAUAUUUACAAAAUGGUUAACACUGGUUUAUUGGUGCUCACAAAUCCUUCCAAAAUAUCAAAACUCUUGCCAGCUAUAAAAAAGCAUGUGCUGAAAACAUUGUAUAUACAGUAUUUUCCAAAACACAAUAUCAUCUUGUCAAGUGCUUACUCACCACCAACAACAAAUUUUAAAGGACCUCAAUACUCUCAAGUUGUGGCAAAUAUAUAUGCGCUUGCAACUAAAUAUUCUACAAACUUAGAUGUACGAGUAUUGUUAACAAGUUUAAAACAGCCAAAUGUGUCCAUUACCAGGACCAAAAAACCUAUAGAAUUAGUCAUUUUUGAUAAAAUAUGUAGUAGCUCUGAUGCAAACACUUUUAUGCAAGAUUGUAUAUCAAAUAUAUCAAUGGGUUGCACAUUCAUUACCCUUGAUGAAAAGUGUAACGAAGAAGAUACUAAUGAUAGUAAUGUAAAUAAUUCCCAGGAUAAUAACAUUUAUCAAAGUGUUGUUCUAGGGGGUACAUUUGAUAGAUUACAUAAUGGUCAUAAAAUAUUACUGAGUGAAGCUAUACUUAGAAGUUCUCAUAAAGUUACAGUUGGAGUAACGGAUUUAAAUAUGAAUCAACGAAAGCUUUUGUGGGAAAUAAUUCAACCAUGUGAUAUUAGAAUCAAUCUUUUAAGAGAGUUUGUAGAAGAUAUAGAUUCAGACUUGAAUUAUGAUAUUGUUCCAAUAUCUGAUAUUUAUGGGCCUACAAAAAGUGAUCCAACUUUUGAAAUGAUUGUUGUGAGUGAAGAAACUCAAAGAGGUGGACAUAUAAUCAAUGAAGAACGUAUUAAAAAUAAAUUAAAUCCAUUAAAAAUUUAUGUUGUCAAAUUAAUGGAAGAUCCAAUGAAUAAAGAACACGAAGAAACCAAAAUUAGUUCAAGCAAUCAUAGAAUGCGUUUGCUGGGAACAAGAUUAAAAAAACCUGUUGUUGAUAAUAAACCUUUGAAGCCAUAUAUUGUCGGAUUGACAGGUGGUAUUGCCAGCGGUAAAUCAUCUGUAGCUGCCAAGUUACAAAAAUUGGGUGCUGGUUUAGUAAAUUGUGAUUUAAUUGCUCAUUCUUUGUAUGAACCUGGUAUGAAGUGUUAUAAAUUAAUUGUUGAUACAUUUGGAUCGAAUUAUGUAAACGAAGAUGGUCAAAUAAAUAGAAAAGCUUUAGGAACAUUAGUUUUUAAUAAUAAGGCAGAAUUAGAGAAAUUGAAUCAGUUACUGUGGCCAGUUAUACUUGACGAAACUAUGAAAAAAGUUGAAGAUUUACACAAAGGUGGUCAUGAUGUUAUAGUCAUAGAAGCUGCUGUUUUAAUUCAAGCUGGCUGGCAAAAUAUUUGUCAUGAAAUUUGGACAUGCAUUAUUCCAAAAAAAGAGGCUAUAAAAAGACUAAUGGAUAGAAAUAAACUUAGUGAAGAAGAAGCAGAAAAAAGAAUUUUUGUACAACCUAGUAAUGUUGAACAAGUUCACAACGCUCAUGUAAUUUUGUCUACAUUGUGGAGUCACGAAUUUACUGAAAGUCAAGUUCAAAAAGGGUGGUCAGAGAUAAUGAAAGAUUUGAGUAGAGCCUAGCUUAUGAUAUUAAAAAAUAUAUGCAUGUAUUUAACUCUUUGUUGAAUCGUGCAGGUAAACACAAAUAUAUACACUAUUUAUAUUUUUCAAUUGGUAUUUUUUCUUGUUUAUGUCAAAAAGUAGAGCUGUUGACCUAAGAAUUAAAUGAAUAUUCAAAGAGUAUUACUGUCAGUUAUUCUUUAUUUUUGAUUCUACAUUUACAUUGAAGAUGAACAUGUGAUUAUUUCAUAAUAUGAAACAUGAACUUAUUAAUCUAAUUUAAAUAAUGAAUUUGUUCAGGCUAAAAGCUAAGAGAGACUUGCUAAUUAAUAAUUUAUCUUAAUAAACAACUUAUACCUUCAAUCAUUUAAA